UGCCUUCUCCUUGCCGCGUCUUCCCGGAGGCGGCUGCUGGAAGCCGCCGGGAGCAGCUGCGGUUCUCUGCCAUAUUGUGUCUUCUCCUGCCUGUCCCUCGUCUCUCCGCUGCCGCGGCCGAGCUGAUGGUGCAGCCAUUAAAAAAGAAGAAGAAAGAAAAGAAAAAAAGAAAAUUUCAGUGUGUUGUAUGUGGCAAGGAGUUGUAAGAGUAAAUGGGUCCAGUAAUUGGAAUGACUCCAGAAAAGAGAGCUGAAACCCCAGGAGCUGAAAAGAUUGCAGGAUUGAGCCAGAUUUACAAAAUGGGAAGCUUGCCUGAAGCUGUUGAUGCUGCCAGGCCAAAGGCUACUCUAGUGGACAGUGAGUCAGCAGAUGAUGAACUCACAAACUUGAACUGGCUUCAUGAAAGUACUAAUCUCCUAACAAACUUCAGCUUUGGAAGUGAGGGUCUUCCAGUUGUUAGUCCAUUGUAUGACAUAGAGGGAGAUGAUGUGCCAUCCUUAGGACCAACAUGCUAUCAGAACCCAGAAAAAAAAUCAGCAACUUCAAAGCCCCCAUACUCCUUUAGUCUUCUCAUUUAUAUGGCCAUUGAACACUCUCCAAAUAAAUGUUUGCCUGUCAAAGAAAUUUAUAGCUGGAUUCUGAACCGCUUCCCAUAUUUUGCAACUGCACCAACAGGCUGGAAGAAUUCUGUUCGACAUAAUCUGUCUCUGAAUAAGUGUUUUCAGAAAGUGGAAAGAAGCCAUGGCAAGGUUAAUGGAAAAGGUUCCUUAUGGUGUGUUGAUCCAGAAUAUAAACCCAACCUUAUGCAGGCACUGAAAAAGCAACCUUUUCCCUCAAAAUCAACAUUUUACAUGCCUCCUGCAUCACCACAAAGUGGUUCUUUAUCACCUCACUACUUAAGCUCUGUACUCAAGCAGAACCAGGUGCGAACUCUCAAAGAAUCUGAUAUUGAUGCUGCCACUGCAAUGAUGCUUUUAAAUACUUCUAUAGAACAAGGAAUUUUAGAGUGUGAGAAGCCUCUUCCUCUUAAAACAGCAAUGCAGAAAAAGAGGAGUUACAGCAGUGCAUUCAGUCAUUCCAGCGCUGUGCGAUUACACGAGAGUGAUUCUCUGGCCACCAGCACUGAUCCAAAAGAAGACCACAAUUACAGUGCAAGUAGCAUGGCAGCACAGCGUUGUGCAUCCAGGUCUAGUGUGUCCUCCCUGUCAUCUGUGGAUGAGGUAUAUGAAUUUAUCCCAAAGAGUAACCAUGUAGGAAGUGAUGGCAGUGAAGGAUUUCACAGUGAAGAAGAUACAGACGUUGAUUAUGAAGAUGAUCCUCUUGGAGACAGUGGCUAUGCCUCACAGGCUUGUGCAGAUACCUCUGAAAAGGGGCAGCCAGGCAAGAAGAUGCGAAAACAGUCAUGUCAAGAAAUUGAUGAGGAGCUCAAAGAGGCAGCUGGAUCUUUGCUUCACCUUGCUGGAAUUCGUACAUGUCUAGGCUCCCUAAUAAGUACUGCAAAGACACAAAAUCAAAAGCAGUGGAAAAAGUAGAAAUACUUAUUAGUGUUAAAUUAUUUUAAAAUGUGGCAAUACUCUUCUACUUAAUUCUUUCAAGGGAUAUCAAAGCCAUAAUGGAUUUCUUUUGGGUUGGGGGGAGGGGUGCUAUGUUUAUUUCAAAACAUUUUUGGGUUUUUUUUUUAAGUUUUUAUUAAAUAAUUGCUGUUAAGGAUCAUGCCCAACCAUAAAUAUGAUGCGAAGUCCUAAAAGCAUAAAUUUUAUAAUAAGUGUUUCCAAGAUUUGGAAAUUUUCGUAUUAAAAAAAAUCCCCAGCCUCUGUCUUAAACUUGUAGGAAAAAUCUUUUAUUUUAUUAAUGUCAAAAUGUAAGAAUGGGCAACUCUAUAACAUAUUUUUCUUUUCCAGUCUGUAAUUAACUGUAGUUGCGGAUCCAGCUAAAAAUUUUGCUGCUGUCUUUCUCACAUAUUACUAUUUGACACAUGCAAUUCAGUAGAAUGAGAUUUGAAUUUUUUGUUUUAGUUUUUGUUUUUAAUUAUUUUUUUUUUGAUGCAUGAACAAAGUUGAAUAUAAAUGGGAAAAGAUCCUAUAUGUCUAGAAAGUUCUUUUGGAUACCUAGGCAGAGAGUAUACCAAAAAAUUCUAAGAUUUAGAAAAGGCAAUUUUUUGUUGUAAUUUCAUCUGAGGGCACUCCAAUUCCUAUUACAAUAUUAUCUUUGAAAUGUUUUACCUUUCCAGAUAUUGAAUAACAUUUAUUGGAGCCAUUUGUUCUUUCCCAUAGUGCUUUGUAGCCAUGGCUUAAAUUUUAGCCACUAGCUGUCUUUAUUAUUGAGAAAUUAUCCAGUGAGAGGAUAUAGCCAUAGAGUGUGUUAGGUAGUAAACACCCAUUUUGACACAGCUUUGCAAUAAGAGGAUCUUUCAUUUGCUUGUUAAAUGUACUGCAUUCUGAGAAUCUUGUAGUACAAAUAGAGUGUAAUCUAAUAUUGACAUUUUGAAUACAUACUAUUUAUGUCACCACAAAUAAAGGUAAAUCAUUUCGGAAAAGACUUCUGUCCAAGCUUUAUAUGAAUUAAAUUUGUAUGUAUACGCAGUUAAGUUAAAGGAUUUAACAAAGGUGGACAAAAUGCCUUCAUGGAUUUCAAAAUUUGUAUAAAAUUAAAUAUUAUAUACUACACCCUUUUGAGGAGGCAGUGUAAUACCUAUUAUGUGCCAUUAAAUCCAUGCUAAAAGAUUUUACAUUACCGUUCCAAGUAUGUAUUGACUAAGGCCUUUUUAAGUAUUUGAAUGAAUCUGCUUGUAUGAUACAUUUUUUCAUAUCAUUUAUAUAGUUUGAUUAUAUCAUUCAGAAAGAAUAAGGGAUAUUAAUAAAACUAAACUUACUCAUUGUAUUUUUUUAUAUCAGCAAAAUCAACUUUUUAAAAGUUCAGUCUUAUCUCAAGCUAUAUACUAUUUCAUAGACAGUGACCUUGUUUUCAUUUUCUGAUUAUUUCAUGUAUAUACAUACAUACACACACACACACAGGCUCGGGAUUUUGGUUUGUUACCUUAGCUAUUUCUAUGAUGAUAAAAAUUUUUCUUGGAUUUUUUUUUUUUAAGAGACAAAUAUUUUUAUUUUAACUUGUAGAAUUUAUUUGGGCAAAACUGUCAAAUGAGAAGCAUAACAAAAAUGUCUUUUUCAAUUUGCAAGACUUUAAGCCAAGAUAACGACAUUAAUAUUAUCUGUCCUGUUUCCAUGUUAAUUGUAAUUGAACCUGAUAGCCACAUUAAUAAAAUCGGUGCUGUUGAAAAAUAGUAAUUUUUCAAUUUGUUGAUAAUGAAAAAUAGUCCAUAAGUGUGCAGAAUGAGGUAUUGGAUUUUUUUGUUCUUCAUAUAUGUCACAUCUACUAUAGAAAAUGGCUAAUCCAAAUUAACAUCUUUUACUAUAGACAGUGAAUAUAACAGCAAAAAUUGCUUUUACCACAGUAUAAAUAGUACACAAAUUAUAAAAUCAUUUUAAUAACAAGAUAUUUUUAAGCUAUUUACCAUGGCCGUCUGAAUAGACCUUAUUAACAGUGUUUCAAUGAUCUGGUUCCAAUUUAUUUUGUUCAACUGAAUUUCUCUACCACAUAUGUUCUCUGUAGUACCUGUGCAUUGGAUAAUUAGUCUUUGUAAGUAAAGGAAAAUGAUCUAAGCUAGGGAAAGGGAGAGUGGUUCCUAGUUCUAACAGGGAUCUUCAAAGUUAUUUUUGUCUUAAUGUAAAUAACAAUAACUCUUUAAACUUGACUUUCUCUCCCUCUUCAUGUACUCUUCCCAUAAAUUUAAAAGUUAUAUUCAUCACUAACAAGGCCAAUAAACACUUGUCACACUAAAAACUAACAGGAAGAAGUUACAUGAUAUUUUAUAUUGAAUUCUUCUUUAAAAAAUUGAAUUCUUAUAUUAGAAUUCAGUGCAUCACUUUCCAUGUAUUGGUUUACCAAGGCAGUUACUUUUAAGGGGAAGAACCUUUUUAAUUACUUCCAUAGACAUGACAUGAUCCCAUUCCUCAGGUGUGUUGAGAUAAAAACAUGGCUAAUUAACCACCCAAUUAAGGAAAGUCAUUUCAAGUCACAUGGACUGGAAAUUGUAUUUCUAAAAAUAUAUUACCAGCAAAUUUUGUGGUAAUAAAAACAAUUUGGCAAUCCCAGAGAGGUUAUGUACUUCCCAACAUAUUUUAAAACCUUGACUUAAGCUAACAUAAUUUGCUUUGCAUCAAUAUAAAUUCUUAGAACCAAUUCCAGUGUAGAUCCCUAGUAAAAGUUUUAACUCGGCACAAUUAAUCUUCAUCUUUCACAUCUCAAAUAGAAUCAGUGUUUCUUGACUAUGUAUUAUUAAAAUUUAUUUGUGCAAUAUGUUACUAAAUUCAUGUUUUCAUUUUACUUUUCAAGUUCAGAGACAAUAUUACUUAAAUUCAUGGAAAAGCUAAUUAUGGGUGGAUCACCUCCUUUUUUCCACCUUUGAGCCUUUCCUGUCCUUCUUUGUAGCCAGCAUGACUUAGAUUCCUUUGUAUAUAGUAAACUUUAGAAAAUGUAUAAUUUUUUCUUUUGCUACUUUCUGAGGCAUUAUGUAAAGGGUCAUACUAGGUGAUCAGUUCAAUAUGUGUUAGCACGAAUUCAAAACUAGAAAAAGUGUUAAGGGGGAAUGUGCGUGUCUUUGUAAAUCAGGAGGCCUUUCUCAGCAGUUUAAGCAAUGGGUGUGAAUACUUCACAAAGCUGUGAAGACUUGUCUUAAAUAUUACAGUAACUUAACCUUUUGUGAAGACCAUAGCAUUUAACUGAGAAAAAUUUGAGGCUUUCUGGUUUACAUCUACUUUAUAGUUUUUUGUUAGUUUGAAACGUUAUGUAAGCUUUGAUUUAAACAAAGUUUGUUUCAAUAUGUUAAUGAUAUAGCCAAAAUAUUUAUUGAAAGACAAAGUAGAGUAUUUUAAUGUGAUACCUGCCAUUUUUUUUCUUAAAGCACAUUUUUUUUGCAUCUAACUGCCAGUGCCAUUGUCAAAACUUGUUUUUAAAAUUGUUGUACAUUUCUUAUUAAACAAGUGCUUAAUUUUAAAGUAUUAUGUUGCCAUUCUGUAGUGUAUAAAAAUGUAUAAUUUGCCAAUUCAUUGUAACUACUAUUUAUUUUUAAUGAGUGUCAGAAUCCUUUCUGAUUGAAGAAAUUUGAGUUAUUAAACUGUCCUUAUCUUCUUUUCUAAUGUAGCAUAAAAUUUCCCUGAGUUUGAGUUACAACUGCCAGUAGAUGACCAGUCCAAGUGAACCACUUCUCAGUUGCCAGACUUUGCUCAUAUUAAAAACAACUUAACAAAUGUUUAGUUUUUGUAUCUAAUCUCUGAUUAUUAAAAUGUUUAUAAAGUUUAUUUUUACCAAAGAGAUGCAAUUCAUUAUGAUAAAGUAUUACAGAAUAAACUUUGUUUUAUAACA